UAUUGAGAGAAAAAAAGCUUCUUCAAUGGCGGAACUGGGCUGUGAGGUUGAGGCAUUAGGAAUUAAUUAUGCUAUCCCUAUUCAGAAGAAGAGGAAGAUGAAAAAAUCUGAUGAUGAUGAUGAUGUAGAUGUAGAUCAAAGAAACGUCGGAGCUGAAGGCGGCGGCGUUCGCCAUGUGCUCAAGGACGUCCAUUUCCGUGCGAAACCAUGGGAAAUCCUUGCUAUAGUAGGCCCCAGCGGCGCCGGAAAAUCAUCUCUCCUUGAAAUAGUCGCCGGAAAACUCACCCCACAAACUGCCUCCAUCUUCGUCAAUCAAAAACCAAUCGAUAAAGCCCGGUUCAAGAAAGCCUCAGGCUAUGUCACCCAGAAAGAUACCUUGUUUCCUCUUCUCACCGUCGAGGAGACUCUUAUCUUCAGCGCCAACCUCCGCCUGAAUCUCCCCGGCAACGAAAUUGAAUCAAGAGUGAAAUCCCUCAUCCAAGAGCUCGGUUUAAGCCAUGUGGCGUGUACACGUGUCGGAGAUGACCGGACUAGGGGAAUCUCCGGUGGGGAGCGGCGAAGGGUUUCGAUCGGAGUUGAAAUCGUGCAUGACCCAAGAGUGUUGAUUCUCGACGAACCAACGUCCGGUCUGGACAGUGUCUCGGCUCUGCAGAUCAUCGAUAUGCUGAAAAUAAUGGCGGAAACAAGAUGCAAAACCAUAAUUCUCAGUAUUCAUCAACCGGGAUUCAGAAUCGUUAAACAGUUCAAUUCCACUUUAUUACUCGCCAAUGGAUCCGUUCUUCACCAUGGAACUGUCGAUCAGCUUUCUAUAACUCUAACACAAAUGGGUUUAACUCUUCCCCUUCAUAUCAACGUUGUAGAUUUCGCUAUCGAUUCAAUUGAAGCAUUUCAUCAGCACCCUUCUUUGCAAAACCAGGAAUCAAAAACAGGUAAAUUUACUCUUCAACAACUUUUCCAGCAAUCAAAAGUGGUCGAAAACGAAAAGGGUAUAGAAUAUCCAACCGGGUUUGCUAAUUCAAGACUGAGAGAGACCAUAAUUCUAACUCAUCGAUUCUCCAAAAACAUAUUCAGAACCAAGGAAUUAUUCGCCUGUCGGACUAUACAAAUGCUGGUCUCCGGCCUCGUUUUGGGUUCAAUAUUCUACAAUCUCAAACAAGAUUUAUCUGGGGCCGGUGAAAAAGUGGGUCUUUUCGCCUUCACAUUAACAUUCCUCCUCUCAAGCACAACCGAAGCUUUACCUGUCUUCCUCCAAGAAAGAGAAAUUCUAAUGAAAGAAACAUCCUGCGGUAGUUACAGAAUCUCAUCUUACGCCAUAGCCAAUGGUCUAGUCUACUUACCGUUUCUUCUAAUCCUAGCCAUCUUAUUUUCACUCCCACUUUACUGGCUGGUCGGACUGAACCGCGAUCCGGUCGCGUUCACACAGUUUGUAAUCCUCAUCUGGCUAAUCCUCUACACAGCUAACUCCGUUGUGGUCUGCAUUAGUGCUUUAGUGCCGAAUUUCAUAGUGGGGAAUUCUUUAGUUUCCGGUGUGAUGGGUUCUUUCUUUCUGUUCUCUGGUUACUUUAUAUCGAAACAUGGGAUGCCAAGUUAUUGGGUUUUCAUGAAUUACUUGUCACUGUUUAAGUAUCCAUUUGAAGGGUUUUUGAUAAAUGAGUUUUUGGGUUCGUCGGAGAAUAAUUGUUUGGAGAAGAUGUUUGGAGAGUGUGUAUUGAGUGGGGAAGAACUGUUGAGAGAAGAAGGGUAUGGGGAAGAAAAUGGGAGAUCUGGUUUAUGGAGGAAUGCUUUUAUUAUGUUUUGUUUUAUUUUGGUUUAUAGGUUUAUUGCUUAUGUUAUUCUUAGGUUUAGAUGCUCUAAUAAGUGUAUUAUUAGAGGGUUUCUUAUUAUUCUCUAAACAUUAUUAUGUCUAUCAGUCUAUGUAACACUUCUAGUUAUUUUCUCUUUUUUAUCAAUCAAUAAUUAAUCUUCA